UCUUCCGGUACUUAAUCGAUCGUAAGAGAAACAACCAAGUGGUUCUGUUGAGACAGACGCUCUGGAAAUUACUUUCUAUAUCGCAUUUGCAUUGGACGAGACACCUGAGGGAUUCCAGCAAAAUGCCUGACAAGGAUCUGUUGUACCCCACCUUUGCCAGGGAGAGGAGCAGACAUAAGAAGAAGAGGCUGGUGCAGAGUCCCAACUCCUACUUCAUGGAUGUCAAAUGCACAGGCUGUUACAAGAUAACCACCAUCUUCAGUCAUUCUCAGACAGUGGUACCCUGUGCAGGCUGCUCACUCAUCCUUUGCCAACCAGCAGGAGGGAAAUGCAGACUAACAGAAGGCUGUGCCUUCAGGAAGAAAUACUCCUGAGCAGAAAUGUGCAAAAGCACCCCUGACAAGCAGCAGAAUGGAAGAAUGGACCAUUUAAAAAAAUGAGUCUGAGCCUCACACUCCAUGUGUUGAAUCCUUGGUGGAGAAAUGUAUUGAUACUGUAAAACUUCAAUAAGUAGCCCGGGGCUAUUAUUUGUUGAACUCUAUUAAGUAAACAGGCCUAUAUUUGGGACAGGCCUUUAACUCCUUUCACACAAAACUGUUGCUCAGCAAAGAUGGGACAUACAAAUUGUUCAUUUAAACCAGUAUGAAUAUUUCUUGUUUUAAAGUUAGGCUUCAGAUAAUAUAUCAAUUAUAAAUGAUUGAUUUGAUCUAGCUUCGACAGACAGCGCAUCAGAGAGAGUUACGGAUUAUGGGGACUACGCUUUAAAUUGAAGUUUUACAGUAUGUAAUGUGGAGGUAAUUUUCACCCCCUGUGGUGUUUCGUAGAACAGAAUAAGCUCAAGUUAAACUUACAUCCAAUUGUAUGUAUAUCAGAUUGAUAUGAUGAAGCACUACAUAUAGAGUAGUUUUGACUACUGUUUUUGAAGAAGUAAAACAUGUACCGUAAUGUUUAAAAAGCACAAAAACUCCAACGCAUCAUGGUUUCUGUAAAACAUUUAUUAGGUUGACAUAGAGGGGGGUUGGUGAAUGAAAUAUAUUUUAAAAUGGUCUCGGUCAAGUGUGUGAGGCUCUAUUCAUGGCCCUGGCAUGAGAUGAAACCAUGAUGACCAUCACAAACAAAAAUAAAAACAUUUGAAGAAUUUA